UAGAGUUGUUUGUGUUUUUCAUUCAAACCAUGUUGUGUUAUCACUAAGGAAACUGUCAAGGUUACUACUUAGUGGACGAGACUGAUUUAGYAUUCUAUUUCCGUCAUAUCGGGGGAGUGCUUUUUGUUUGUAUUCUCUUUUUUUGUUGUCAUUUGGUUCGUGUGUACUACGGCCACAAGUGUUAAAAAAGUAUAUUGUCGUAWUUUGUUGGGCUUUAAUUCUAGAGAUCUAAAUAUAGUCUUAGAAAUCAGAUACAAAUCUGUUUUGCUAAGUUCCUUAGCAAUUAGAGACAGGUUUUCGUGCCAAAGUAGUGUAUAAGACCCCAUUACUUGAUAUGUGAUUCAAAGGUAUAUGAAAAGAAUUUUUACUGGACUUGAUAACGCACGAUUUCUACCGGAAAUAGACCGCUGAAAAACACCAUUUGGCUUCACCAAAAGGGACCAAAACUCUUUGAGAUUUCGACUGAGAUGAAAUGUUUGCUUAGGAAGUUGGACUUUAUCAUUCACAUAGGUUUACUUAAUUCAUUUGUGCUCAAAAAAACAUUAAUUCUCUUGACACAGACACUGGUGACGUCAUUUAUCCACGUGAUUAGGUAUCAUUCUAGAUAUAGCAGGUGCCUUCUAUACUUUAAAUAUAAUGUUCUUUUUAAUGUGGAGUCCGUAUGUUGCGCUUACGCAGAAAUCCGUUUACGAAACAGAUUAUAUAAGAAGAUACCGUCAAGUUUUUAAGGGAAACAAAGAUUCAAUUUUGACUGGCUUAGAAGAAUACUAAUCGUCUUACAUCAACUCUAUACACUAGCUGGUCUGAAAUAAAGAGCUUAACAGAAAAGCUCCUUGGUCAGUGAGAUCGCUUUAACACCAACAGAGAAAGAUCAACAGUUCAACUUACUUGUUGGCUUAAACAACGGUUUUAUAAAGUCAUUAUUUGGAGAGAAAACAUUGCAAAUACAUAUUUUAUGUGUGCAGCGCCUUGGUCGAGCAGGUGUACAUUCAAUCAUCAUCCACUGCUCAUUGAACCUAAAUAGCCUGCGAGCGAGCCAUUCAUACCUCGCUACUUAGAUAACUCACUCACCACAAGUAGAAAACAAAUCGACAAACGCUGCCUGUGAGUCAGGCGUCGAGGCAGUGGUAAGGGAAGUUGCUUGAGGUUUCUAUAUCAUCCGACGCCAAAAUGACUACUGAAAAUUUGGGGAUUUCCAUUGUCUUGACAGUUAUUGGAGCAAUUAUAACAAUUGAGAAUUUACUUGUCUGCUUCGUCGUGUUUCGCUACAGAAACCUAAGGACAUUCACAAAUGGCUUCAUAGUGUCUCUGGCAUUUUCGGAUGCACUAUUUGGUGGCGUAUUAUUACCGCUCUCACUCGUAGAUAAAAACGGAAUGGCUGCGGAAUAUCUCAAGUCGAUAAUUCUCCAAGCAAACACUUUCAAUCUACUCGCCGUUACGUUUGACCGAUACCUAGCCGUGUUAGUUCCAUUAAGGUAUCUGGAAAUCAUGGACAAACAUUUUCUUAAACUGCCGCUUGCWGCGUGGAUAACUCCAGUACUAAUCUCGCUGAUUCCGUUGAGUUGGAAAAACAAUUUGGAUACUUUGGCUCACAGGGUCUUUCUAAUUUGCAUUUUGGUUUUGGGAAUUGUCAUUCCUUACGUUUUGAUUUUAUGUGCSUACGUGCGUAUAUUCAGAGAGGUCGCGCGACUUGUCAAGAGUCUCGCCUCUUCUGCGAUGCAGAAUUACCCGGUGGAUGGUCGAGUGAUGGAGGAACGAGGACGCGUUCAUAGUGAGGCUAGAGUGACACGUAUAUUCGCGGUGAUCGCCGCCAUUUUUGUCAUUAGUUGGAUGCCGGUGAUCUACAUGACAACAGURUUCGCAGUAGAACGUCCUGACUUAAUUCCCGAAGAACUGCCUACAGUUUCAUGGUUUACACUCGUGAUUGGCUCAUUUCUUAAUGCCCCUAUCUACGCUUUAUUYAAAUCAGACUUCAGAAAGACACUAGUACGAAUGCUAUGCCGUAAAAAGCGGUCAAGAUCGACAUGGAGACCGGAGGAUUGCAGUCAGUUUAGUAAAAGCGCACGAUGGGUAUAAAYCACAYGYAUUAGAUAAAAACUAGAUAACGCAUGAGCCAAUAUUUCAAAAACUCAUUUAAGAAGAAAGUAUAUUGAAAAGGCUAAUAACAAUCAAGUCGUAAAAACGGUAUUUUGAAAACGCAAAUCGUUUGGUCUUGCUGACAGACAUAUGCUUUACCAAUCAAGCUAUUAUUCCAUUUGAGAAGAAAAAAAGGGCCAUUAGUAACUGCCCCUAAAGCGAUGUGUAACUUAAGGUGCACUAAUUAUACCGCGUCCCAUCACAAACUCAUCUCAAGAUUGCUCAUUAUCGAGGAUUUUAACAUGCUUUGGUCACACGGGAACAGAAUAUUAACGCAAUCAGACAUAUAUACUUCAAGGUCUGGCAUCACUAGUAAAAUAUAAUUGAUGCUGGGACUUCACAGAGUAAUUGGCUUUGUGAUAUCAGCUUUUGUAAAGACCAGAACGGCAAAUAUCAUUGGCACUGGUAUAGUAACAUAAACAAUAUUUUGCUCAACCUUGAUUAAUUGGGAUUAAUUCUGUUGAGUUUUUUUGUUUCAAAGAUGCCAUUGGUGGUAUUUAAGUUUGUUUACUUGACGCAGAAAAAUGACAGAUCUCUAGUAAAGUUAGUGAUAUAUUAGGGCUCUUAAUCUCCUUAUUAUAGCAACGAAAAGUCGGCCAAGGUGCUUUUGUUGUAAAUGGUGUAAUUAGGUGAUAACCACGAACCGCACGGUGCAUGGGAAUAACCAUCAGAUAUAAAGUCGCUUAACAUUCAGUUGAAGUUUUCUUGCGGUUUUAUUAAAAAAAUCGAUGCACGAUAGUUUAACGUAAAUUCUUUUUCUGUGAAUAACCAAAAUACUGAAGCGGACUUGUUUUCGAUAUAAAUCGAUUAUAUCUUGUAAAGUAUUGAUAUUGACCUUUUGAGGAAAAUCAAAGGGAAAAUGAAAUAAAAGGGAGGGAGAAACGAGAA